AUGAAAUCCACCAAACGGAAUUUACGAAGGAAGGAGCAACGACGUAUAAAGAAAGCAAAGCUUGCGGAAUACACUAACCAAUCAAUUGACGAAGGACUCACUACACCCAAUUCCAACGACGACCAAGGCAUCACACCCGAUUCUAUCAACAACCAAGACAAUCAAGCAGACGACGAAAGAUCAGAGAUAUUCUACGACCCAAAAAAACAUAAAAUCCAAGCGGAGGCGCGUCUAUCUACAGAAGAUCAAUCGCGCGAAUAUAUUCGUUCCCUAUGGAUAUCCGAGGAUUUCUUAGCCAACGAUCUUAAACGCGAAAAAAAAUAUGAGGGGAAUUUGCACGUUGGGCAUGUUUCUUCAUCGGUUCAAAUUUCAGAAAACAGUUUCGGGAUCAUUGCCGUCGCCUCUGGUUUAAAGUUGAGCAUGUAUACCAACACAAAGAAGCUCAGAAUAAACCGAUUGGAAAUCAUAAUAUUCGUGAAGUGUUUCAGAAGAACUCAAAAGGAUAAACUCUAUAUUGCACUAGAGACAACAAAAAAGGUCGCGCACGGUAUCGAUCUUGAAGUUGCGAAAAAUGCACAGAAUGUAAUUGACCGUUAUUUUUACCAUACCCUUAACAACCCCACCCAUCAUUCUAAACAAUUCGCCAGUAAUAUGAUGGAACAUUUUUGCAGUUUCACCGAUAGCAACAACGAACCUUACACUACUGCCAAUACUGCGUCUAGUCAUUGCCAAGAACAUCUCGCGUGCGUUCAGGAACUAAUUCAAGGGCUCCAACCAUUCUCAGAUAUAGUCAACAAUUAUUUUCAUAAUACCUAUCCAACCCUACAUACCAAUAUGAAAAAUCUCAAUCUCGGGCCAAAC